CGGCUCCGGUGCAGCACACGGACUGUCAAGUCACCGCGUAACUUUGCUCAAUCACUGGAUUAAACAUCACUUUUGGAGUACAAAAACUUACUUUUCCGGGGUGUACCGUUAUCGGACCAGUCUUGGAUGAGAUGGAGGUUUAGGAGGACUGAUUGUCGUUGUAAAGAGUAAGAUUUGGGUUAUAUUCAGUGUUUGAUGGCUGCUGGGGAUGGAGCCCAGCUGCCGGCGACCGUAGCGGCCAGCAGGAGCGUGGAGAAGGCGCUGGAAGAGGCUGCGUCCAGCGGAGCGCUCAUCCUCUCCAACCGUAAACUAAAAGAGUUCCCCCGCACCGCCAAGAACUAUGACCUGUCCGACGUGACACACGCAGACCUGUCAAAGAACCGGCUCUGUGAGGUGCCAGAGGAAGUGUGUCAGUUUGUCUCUCUGGAGACACUCAGCCUGUACCAUAACUGUGUGCGAUCCCUCACACCCAGCCUGUGCCAGCUGCAAGCCCUCACCUACCUCAACCUCAGUCGUAACCAGCUGUCCAGUUUACCGCAGUCAGUAUGUCAGCUCCCUCUCCUGCGGGUGCUCAUCGUCAGCAACAACAAGUUAUCAGCCAUACCGGCCUCCAUUCACACACUCAUACACCUGCGACAACUGGAUGUGAGCUGUAAUGAGCUGCAGUCACUUCCUGUUGAGCUCGGCCAGUUAGAAUGUUUAAGGGAUUUAAAUCUGAGAAGAAACCAGCUCACAACUUUACCAGAAGAGUUGUCAGAGUUGCCCCUUGUCCGUUUGGAUGUGUCGUGCAACCGCAUAUCUCACGUGCCUGUGUGCUACCGUCAUCUCCGGCACCUCCAAAGCAUCAUCCUUGACAACAACCCCCUCCAAAUGCCCCCCGCCCAGAUCUGCUCCAAAGGAAAGUUCCACAUCUUUAAAUAUCUGAACAUGGAGGCCUGCAAAAGGACUCAGGAUCAGUUUGAGAAAGCACUGCGGCCCACUGCCUUCAACAGCUGUCUGGAUCAGGACCUGUUCCCCGGUCAGUACGGUGGCCUGGAUUCUGGCUUUAACAGUGUGGACAGCGGUAGCAAAAGAUGGUCAGGAAAUGAGUCUGCUGAUGAUUUCUCGGAACGGUCGCUGCGACUCGCGGACAUUUCCCGUGAACACACAAAUUUUCAGGAGGAAGAGGAGAGAAAUAUAUUGCUAGAUACACCCAAAGUGAAUGGAGACCUGGAGCAAGUGGAUUUUAUAGACAACAGUGUAACGGAGGAAGAAGAGGAGAGGUGUCACCCUCCGCUUACAGAGCCCCCUCAGGGAAAGAGUGAAAGUACCAGCAGCACAUCCUCCCAGAGCCCCGAGUCUACAUGCAGCAGGAUAUUUGUGAUUGGAGAUGGUUCAGACUCCGGCUCACCAUCCAGUCCUACUUUAGAGGAGAGAAGGAGACCUGGAAACCUGCUCAUCUGGCAGGAGAGAGAGAGAGCCCAACAGCAGAGAGACAGAGCUAGCACUUUGCAGAAGAUGACUGUAAAAACAGGAAGUAACUUGGCAACGACGACAAAGCACGGAGGAACAGGAAGUGUUUCAGGUGGUGAUUCUGAUAGCAACUCUCCACCCAAUGGCCUGAAACAGAGAUGUGCAAGUGUAGAUCAGGUUUCUCCAUCCUCUCAAUCGGGGUCUUUACAGCGCUCCAUCAGUCGCCCAGAUGCAUCCUCUGUGAAGCCCUGUUCUCCUACAGGUUCUGCUCCCAAACCCAACAGCUUCUUAUUCCGCACAUCCUCACGCUGCAACGUCAAGACAGGAUCAGGAAACAGUUUGGCGGAGUCUGGAUGCAGUGACUCCCGCUCCACACUCAGAUCCCCUCGAGAGGAGAGAACAGACAUCUUGCAACUGCGUAAAACUCUGGAGUCGCGUCUGAAGAUCUCUGUGCCUGAGGAUCUGGGAGAGGCGUUGUCCAAUGGCACAAUUCUCUGCCAGUUGGCCAAUCACGUGCGACCCCGUUCUGUGUCAAUCAUCCACAUCCCCUCACCGGCAGUGCCAAAGCUGAGUGCUGCCAAGUGCCGCCUCAAUGUCGAAAACUUCAUUGCCGCAUGCCGUAGACUGGGAGUCCCUGAGAUGGAGUUGUGUUUAGCGUCUGAUAUCCUGUGCAGUAAGCUACCUGCAGUGCGCCGCUGUGUGACGGCGCUCCUGGCAAUAGCAGGAGGAGAGGAGGAGGUGAACGAGGACAACAGUGACACCUCUCCCUCUGUCUCUCCUGCCUCCCCUUUUUCCACCGGCUUCCUGCUCUUCUACUCUCUCCUCAUGGCUUUGCUCUAUCUAUUCUACUGCCACCUUAUAGCAUAGUGUGAGCGAGUAUCAAUGUGUAAAUGUAAUGGAUUUCAAAGUCCAUCUUCUCUGUACUGUGAACACUGUCACAGACACCGCUGAUGCCGUCUGACAUAUAUAUAUCAGAGCAAAUUCCUCACCCAUAAUGCCUUUCAACUUAUACAUUAUCCCCACAGAUAUCUAAAUGGUUUGGAAAAUGAGGGUAGUUGUAAGACUUAAGAACUUCAUUUUUCUAGUGAAAUAUUGAAAUAUAUCGCAACUUAUCAGAGGUCUUGAUCAGAUAUGGAGAUUUUUCCGCACCAAAAAUCCUCAUAAACAGCUCAUCGAUGGCCACAUAUUCCUUUUUAUUUAGAGGAUGUGGAAUUUGUCUGUAUAUAGACGUGGUUUCCACUCAUGAAGGGCUUUUCCACCUGAUUGCCUUAGCAUCGCUGGUGAUCCCAGGAUAGUUGAGACACCUUCUAGCGGUCUUUGUAAGGGAUUUUGUUAUCCUAAGAGUUUUAAAGCACUGGCACAAAUUCCCCAUCCCUUUUUUCUUUUUUCUCUUUAAAGGGCUUUAAUAUGGCUUGUAUUUGCUCUGCACGGUCCUCAUCAAAGUGCCUGUAGGUUCCUUCUGUUCACGCAGCAGUGCAAAUGAGUUUGUAGCAUCUGGUAAACAGUCUGUUUAACAGUUGCUAACAGUGUGGUGAUGGUACUUCUCAGCUUAAUUUGGUUUAAUUCACACGUUGUUGAAAUCUGUCAGGGCUGAGUGGACGAUUUCACUUUGCUUUUAUUGUCUUGUUGACUGACCAUCAGAGGGCAGUGCUGUUACUAAACUGUCCCUUCAACACUUUUUGACGGUACUAAUAUGAUUCAAAGCUGCGCCAACUUGUUACUUUUUUUGAAUGUUCAUUUUGGUUUUCUUGAGAGCAUCUUAAUAUAAUUCUUAUAUGCAAGCAGUUCAAGAUUAAGUUAUUGUUUCAGUUUAUUUAUGUUUUUCUAUGUUGUGCUGAAGCGGCAUUUGGUGGAAACCCAGUCUCACUGAGCACAUUAUCUGACUAAUUAAAUUGAACAGAUUAAUUGAGUAAUACAACUUUGAUUAAAGGAACACUCCACUAUUUU